CUGCCAAAUUCGUCCGACUUUUUCUAAAGCAAAGUAGUAUUGUCAGACUCACGGUGACAACAACACACCCGAAAGUGGCAGCGGUGGGAAAAACAUUAAGAGAGAGUGAGAGAGAGCGACAGUGCGACGCGCGCGGGUGUCGGUCAAAAAUAAGCAACAUUUUCUGUGAUUUUUGAGUGCGACGGCCUGUUUUGAGUGCUUCCGAUACGUAAUUCGCGCCAGUGCUGCGGCCAAAAGUUCGCAUUUGGAUGGUUUUUUUUUCGCAAAGCAAACGGCGCGCACGGAAAUAAAUCGGAGCACGGGGAGCAUCCAAAGUGCAGAGAUGUCGGGGCAAUUUGCAUAAUAUUCGGGUGGUCGCAGCUAGAAAGUUGUAUAAUAAGAUUGCGAAAACCAGGAGGUACGCCCGGCUCACCACAAAUGGACGGGGAAUGCCGCGGCAGCUCCACCUCGUCCACCACCACCGCCACCACCACCACCACCAUCCCAGCUGAAAGGGCCGCCACCUCCACCUUCGAAAUCCAAAAUAUUUCAAAAAAUGUCUAGUGCCCACUACCAGGCACUCGAGCCGCAGACUUCCGACGAGGAUAACGAGGACAUCGAGCGGCAGCACCACCAGAGCCAUUCACGCAGCAGCACCACCAGCGCCACCAACGCCACCCAUCCACCACAUCCACCACAUCCCAUGGUCAGGAAGGGGGGCGUGGCCAGGAGGCGCUGCCUACUGCCCCUGGUGGCCGUGGCACUGCUCUUCGUCGCCUUCUGCUACUUCAGCCUCAGCAGGGACCCUCGCCUCACCUCGGGACUGGGCGGUGGCUCCGAGGAUUCGGAGGAGGCAUCCCACCAUGGAUUAGGUAAGCAUCAGAUCCCGGCAAUGGAAACCCGGCCGCCAGACUGGCUUUUGAGGUAUACUCGACGAGUUAUACAUGAGGAGCCCGAGGGGCAUGGCCGGGAUUGGGAUCAAGAGGAGUUGCAGGGUAACCUUAGUCAGAGAAUCCAAGAAGUCGACGAAGUUAAAUGGAAUUUCAAGACAGCAAAGCAAACGUCCAAGCAGAUACAAAUCCGAAACUGGCAUCGCUUCGAUCCCCUAAUACAUGGCAUGAAUUUCCGGCCACUGAACGAAACCGUUCACAUUUGCAGCGAAAGUUACGAGGAUCGGCGACAGUUUAUGCAGGAUAAACCGCAAGCCGAUUACGGCCAGCUGCCCGUAAUAUACUUUGUUACCCCAACGUAUCCACGGAGAGAGCAGAUCCCAGAACUAACCCGUCUGGCGCACACGCUGCUCCAUGUGCCGCGCCUGCACUGGCUGGUGGCCGAUGAUCAGGAGAAGUGCAAUGGCUUUAUGGACACGCUGCUGCAUCGAUUUGGUAUUCCCUUUACCCACAUGGUGAGCCCGAUGCCCAGCAAAUUCAGGAAUGAAAAGCCAGCGCCGCGAGGUGUGGCAAAUCGGAGAGCAGCCUUGCAGUGGAUACGGCAACACAAUCUCACCAACGGAAUACUUUACUUCGGAGACGACGACAACACCUACGACCUGCGUUUGUUCUCAGAAAUCCGGAAAACGCAAAGGGUCUCCAUGUUCCCUGUGGGUCUGAUUGCUGAUUAUGGGGUCAGCGGACCAGUUGUGCGCAAAGGCAAGGUGGUGGCUUUCCUGGACUCUUGGGUUGCCGGUCGACGCUGGCCCGUUGACAUGGCCGGUUUCGCCGUGAAUCUGGAGUACAUGGCACAGUAUCCUUAUGUAAAUAUGCCGUACAAGCCUGGCUACGAGGAGGAUCUCUUUCUGCGCAGCAUCGGCCUACAAAUGAAUCUGAUAGAGCCGCGGGGCAAUAACUGCACCGAAAUUCUUGUGUGGCACACACAGACUAAGUCAAAGAAGCUCGGAAUAGUUCGCUUAGAGAGCAAAUACUUGGACGAUCGCUCUAACCUGGGCGCCCUGCUUCACAAUCUUAAACUAAUGGGCGUGACCAGUACAACGGAAAGUGAAGGACGCGAUGCACUGAUCAGCAAAAAUGGCAGGGAGAAACCACACUCCAGAAUUCUUAGCUGAGCCACAGGUUCCAAGAAACAAAGAGAGCCCAAAUAAUACUCAUAGACUUAUAGAGCUAAAUGUAUAAUAAUUGUGAAAGAAAACUAAUCUCGAAUCCAGUGCUCGCUGAUUUCCAUGGAAAUUUCCCAAUCUAGUUUUCAGUCGUUCUCGUACUGCACAAUUAUAUGUUUUUUACAAAUAAUUGCGUGGGUGCUGUCUCUCUGUUCUACGUUCUCAUCAAAAUGAAAAGUUAAUAAAUUAUGCAUGUAUUGUUAAUUAGUUGUAGAUAAGUUUGUUCGUGAUAGCAAGAUAGGAAGCACAGGGACGGCCACAAAGAUAGGACUUAUUUAAAUAUAUCAUAUUCGCUAACAGUAGGUUGUAAAAACAUAUAGAAUGUCUAUUACUCGCUUAUUGUACUUUCUAAUUUGCUAAGCAAAACGAAGGCGUCGGUCUAUAUGGAUUUUCGACCAAGCCCUUAGGGAGCAUUUUAUGCUUGUUGUUCAUGACCUCAUCGACUUGCAACAUUAAACACAUAUCAUUAAGCUUCGCAUAAAUCAUUUAGGCUUAUCAAAAAUUAUCGAAUUCGCUCAAGAGCAAUGGGGAAUAUGUUAGAAGGAUCUGUGUCAUUUUUAAUGUAAUCUUAAUGUAUACUCUGUAAAUCAGUCAAUAAGAUAGUGAGUCAUAAUGUAAAUGAAAUAAAUGCUAGUUUUAUAAAGCUUUCUCCAAUAGAA